CUGAUGUAAAGUGCGCAACUGCAAAAAAAAAAAUUUUUUUUCGUUUUCGGUAUUUCCUCUCUAAAUCGUUGGAGAUUCUCGCGGAAAUUUACGCUUGGAUAAAGUGUGCAAAAGGCGGAAAAAAAAUGAAAGACGGAAAAUGGAACGAUCGGGUGACACUGAACGUGGGUGGUGUUCGACACGAGACGUGUAAAGCGACGCUGAAGAAAAUCCCAGCGACCAGAUUGUCACGGUUAACAGAGGCGUUAGCGAAUUACGAUCCGGUUUUGAAUGAAUACUUUUACGACCGGCAUCCAGAUGUUUUCGCGCAAGUGCUCAAUUAUUAUCGCACCGGAAAGCUGCAUUAUCCCGCGGACGUGUGCAGUUCGCUCUUCGAAGAGGAAUUGGAAUUUUGGGGUCUCGAUUCGAACCAGAUAGAGCCGUGUUGUUGGUCGACGUAUAACGUACAUCAAGAUACGCAAGCCACCUUGACAAUCCUCGAUAAGCUCGACGUCGACGGUGAAAAGCUCAGCGGCGAAGAAAUCGCUCGGCUUUUCGAUUUCGAGAACGAGUAUCGUAAAGGGACUUUAACGAGAUGGCAAAGAUUACGGUCGCGCAUUUGGGUACUUUUCGACAAGCCGUACUCUUCGGCAGAGGCCAAAUGUAUAGCCUGCGUAUCGAUAUUCUUCAUUUGUCUGUCGGUAUUCUGUUUCUGCGUGAAAAAUCACGCGCCAGUGGGAUUACCGAGGAAUAAACACGACUAUGAAAAAUUGAGGGGAGACCCUUUAAAUAUUGAAACUGCCACUGAUCCUCACCGAGCGUUUUUUUACCUGGAAUACGCUUGUAAUGCUUGGUUCACUAUGGAAAUAACGCUCCGCUGUCUUGUAAGUCCCAGCCUGAGGCACUUCGCCAUGUCGCCGGUCAAUACAAUCGAGCUGAUAGCGACGACGAGCUUCUUUACGGAGUUUCUGACAAAACCGAACCUUUAUCUCGAGCUCCUGUCAGUAGCGCGUGUUCUACGACUAUUCAAAUUGACGAGGCACUCGCCCGGACUUAGAAUCCUUAUUCACACCUUUAAGACGUCCGCCAAGGAGUUGACCUUACUAGUCUUCUUCCUCGCGCUGGGGAUCGUACUUUUUGCCAGUCUCAUAUUCUACGUUGAACGCCUGCAGGACAAUCCCAACAAUGAUUUUGACAGCAUACCGCGAGGUUUAUGGUGGACCUUAGUUAUUAUGACCACUGUAGGCUACGGCGACGUGACACCGAAAACUUUUCCCGGCAUGUUCAUCAGCGGACUGUGCGCUCUCGCCGGUGUUCUGACCAUCGUUCUUCAGGUUCCGGUCAUUGUCAGCAACUUUUCCAUGUUUUACUCGCACACGCAGGCGCGUAUCAAGCUACCGAAGCAAAGAAGAAGAUUUCUAUCGGUUUCUCCAAGACAAACGAGGUCGCCGUAUCAGAAUUAUGUUGACAACGAGGAUUACCAACUUCUACCGAGUUCAGCCUCUAAAUCAAUAAUGAACUUAACACCUCGAUCAAUCAACACUGGAUUAAAAGAUGUAUUAUACUAUCACAACAUAGAUAUUUCAGCUGGAUCGGACAGAAACCUCAGUCAAUAUGAGAUCAGAAAUAGAAAUACAGUCAAUCAAUUUGAUAGCAAAAUGCAUCUUCAGGGAUUUGAGGACGAAAUGCCACUUAUAUCCGCUUAUAUAGCCAUUUCUGAUACCAUUGUAAUGAUAUCAGAAAACAGUUGA